AUGACCGAGCCCGACUGCAAGACGCUCUGGAUGGGCGACGUCCAGAUCAACUGGGACGAGGCCUACGUGAGCUCGCUCUUUGACGCCGUUGGCCACAUCCCAGUCGUCAAGCUCAUCCGCGACAAGGCCACGGGCUAUCCCGCCGGCUACGGCUUCCUCGAGUUUGACUCGCAAGAAGCAGCGAUCGACGUCUUGGCAGCGCUCAAUGGACAGCCGAUUCCCAACACGCCGCACCGAUUUCGCCUCAAUUGGGGCGCGGGCGGGAAGCGCCUCGAAUACAUGCAAAAACACUCGAUCUUUGUGGGCGAUCUCGCCGGCGACGUCACGGACGACGUGCUCUUUGCGACCUUCUCGGCCAAAUGA